AUGGCUCUGCUGAAGGUUCUGCUGCUGCUGGGGCUGGGUGUUUCCGUGAACUCAGAUGUUUCUCUGCAGAAGAGAAUCAUUGGAGGUCAUAACUGUGCUGACAUGGAGCGUCUUUAUCAUGUUCGGCUGGAGGGCACCAAUCGUACUCAGAUGAGCCUGUGUGGAGGAUCUCUGAUCCACCCUCAGUGGAUCCUGACUUCAGCUCACUGCUGGGAGCCAGAGACAGGGUGGAUUAACGAAGCAAUGUUAAAAGUUCAUCCACGGACUGCUACACAGCAGAAUCAGGUAAUCCGACAAGCUCCUGUGAUUUAUACUGACCAGGGCCACCAGCAUGACAUCAUGUUGCUGAAGCUUCGGAAACCAGUAUCAGAUGUCCCACCUGUUAAGCUACCAGACUGCAGUUAUCGUCUUAAAAUUGGUGACACUGUUCAGCUGGCAGGAGAGGGAGCAACAACAACCGGCCCCAAUAAUGAACGAUUAUCCAAUGCUGCUACUGCAACACAUCUUCAGUGUGUCGACAUAAAAGUUGAUGAUGGUUCCAUCUUCGAUCCGACAUGUGGGCAUGUAUUCUAUACUGCAGCACCGAACAAAGAUAUAUGUCCUGGUGACUCUGGUUCAGCAGCGGUGCUCAACGGCAUGAUUUAUGGUGUGAUGGUUGAAGGUGGACCAGACUAUGCAUGUGAGGCACCAGUUUCCAUCAUGGAUGUGUGUGAAUACAUUGGAUGGAUAAAAACAACAAUCGGGCUUAAAUAAAACAUAAACUAUCAUGAAAUAUAAUUCUCAUCAAAAUUUCAUCUCAGAUAUAAUUUUAUAAUUGU